AUGAGCUGGCUUACACUUUCAAGAGUUUUCUCUCUUACUAAAACAAGAUCGGUUAAAAUUAAUAUUAAUGCUGCUUCCUUGUGCAUUGCCCGUUCCCUGAAAACAUCCUUCUCUCACCAAGCUGAGUUACAGAAUACACCUUCGUUAACUGGGGAACCAAUCCAAAUAAAGGAAUCCAAAUUUAAAAGUUUCUCGAUUUAUCGUUGGAACCCAGAUAAACCCACCGAGAAACCUAAAUUGCAGCAAUAUAAAGUUGAUCUUAAUGCAUGUGGACCUAUGAUUCUUGAUGCUUUAAUCAAGAUCAAAAAUGAACAAGAUGCCACUUUGACUUUCCGUCGUUCUUGUCGUGAAGGUAUUUGCGGAUCUUGCGCCAUGAAUAUUAAUGGUGUUAACACCUUAGCAUGUCUUUGCAGAAUUGACGUUAGCGGCUCAGACACUAAAAUUUAUCCAUUGCCUCAUAUGUAUGUCGUCAAGGAUCUUGUACCAGAUCUCACUCAUUUUUAUAAACAAUACAAAUCCAUUGAACCGUAUCUUAAGAAAAAAAGUCCUCCAAAAGAGGGAGAUCGCGAAAAUCUUCAAACCAUUGCUGAUCGUAAAAAAUUAGAUGGUCUUUAUGAAUGUAUUCUUUGUGCUUGUUGUUCUACAUCUUGUCCGAGUUAUUGGUGGAAUGCAGAUGAAUAUCUUGGACCGGCUGUAUUAUUACAAGCUUAUAGAUGGAUGGUGGAUUCUCGAGAUGAUUAUGGCCAUGAACGUAGAGAAGCUCUACAAAAUCCUUUUUCGGUUUAUCGCUGUCAUACUAUUAUGAAUUGUACAAGAACUUGUCCAAAAGGUUUAAAUCCAGGUCGCGCUAUUGCUAUGAUUAAGAGAGAUAUGGCCUUAGAAUAA